CAGUUAGUCAAUGUGUCGGUGCGGGCUUAUGAAGGAGGCGGUGGGGGUUGUGAGAGUCGGUGGAGGUUAUGAGCGAGGUGGUGGAGGUUGUGGGCGUGGGGGAGGUUGAGGUACGGCCUCACCUGGCCUCCCUCACUCUAGUUAUCUCCGCCCACAAAAACACCAUUGAGGAAUGCGGAGCGUCGGUGGAGAAGCGCCGACCUUAUGUGUACCAGACGCUGCACAACAACAAAGCUGUGGAGGUGAGUGAGACUGAGGAGGUGAAGGUGGGCGAGCCUGGCGGGCUGGUGUUGGUUGUCAUGGUCACAGCCCUCCUCCCUGCUGACACUGCCAGACGGGCUGCCAACACCCUCGUCGAGAAACUAGCUAACAACGUUACCCUCGAGAAGUUAGUGUAUCGACACUCGUGGGCAUCAUUGUCGGAGGCACGGGUGUUGGCGGGGCGACGGGCAGCAGAGGAGGCCAGGCAGCGAGCAGCAGAUAUGGCAUCAGCAGUGGGUGGCACGCUAGGAUCUUGUCUCACUGUAAAGGAAGACACCUGUACACACGUCGCCAUAACCGAUGACAGGGUUGAGUCAUGGGUGGUGGACACAGCUCUCAAGCGGCAGGAGGUCCACGCUCACACACCUACAAUCAUCCAGAGUACUAUCAAAGCCAGGUUCUCUCUUCUCUCCUAUGGUGUACCCAAGACUAAAAAAGCAUAACAAUGGUGUUCUGAAGAAAAAUAAAUUAUAUGCAACUAUAUACAGUACAUUAACUCCUGGAAGGAUAGGAAUUUUGUUGAACAAGUGAUUGUAGUAUUAGAUUAUAAUGUCAAACGAUGGACUGUCAGUCAUGAUGCAGCUGUUAUAUUUACAACACUGGAAAACCUGUAACAAAUUUGUUGUUUGUAAACCUCAUAAAAAAUUGCUGUACAGUGCUCUAUGAA